AGAAGCCGCUUAGCUGCUGCAUGUCUGUGACGAUGGCGGCCGCCUUGAGAGGAAGCUUAGUAACAUUGGUCAAGGGUCUUGGUGGCCCCCGGUGGCAGCAGCUCGCCUCCCGACCCCUGAGUGUGUCUGCUGGUCUCUGUAGUGCAGAGGCCCCACCAGCCCGGGCUGAUGCCACCUUCAAGGUUACAAUGGUACCAGGAGAUGGGGUGGGACCUGAGCUGAUGACUGCUGUCAAGGAGGUCUUCAAGGCAGGUGAUGUCCCAGUAGAGUUUGAGGAGUUCCAUCUGAGUGAAGUACAGAAUAUGGCCAGUGAGGAUAAACUGGAGCAAGUGUUGACCUCCAUGAAGAACAACAAAGUGGCCAUGAAAGGAAAGAUUCACACACCUAUGGAGUUCAAAGGGGAGCUGGCUUCAUACGAAAUGAGACUGAGGCGUAAACUGGACCUGUUUGCUAAUGUGGUUCAUGUGAACAGCCUGCAGGGCUACAGCACUCGCCACAACAACCUGGACCUAGUCAUCAUCCGUGAGCAGACUGAGGGGGAGUACAGCUCCCUGGAGCACGAGAGUGUGACAGGUGUGAUCGAAUGUUUGAAGAUCAUCACCAGGGAGAAGUCACGGCGCAUUGCCAAAUUCGCUUUUGAUUAUGCCACCAAGAAGGGGCGGAGCAAGGUCACCGCUGUCCACAAAGCCAACAUCAUGAAACUAGGUGAUGGCCUGUUUCUGCAGAGCUGUGCAGAGGUGGCACAGCUGUACCCCAAAAUCAAAUAUGAGAACAUAAUCAUUGAUAACUGUUGCAUGCAGCUGGUCCAAAACCCAUACCAGUUUGACGUGCUGGUGAUGCCCAACCUGUACGGUAACAUUAUUGAUAACCUGGCAGCAGGGCUGGUUGGAGGAGCAGGAGUUGUUCCUGGAGAAAGCUACAGUGCAGAGUAUGCUGUUUUUGAGACCGGUGCACGCCAUCCCUUUGCACAAGCCGUUGGGAGGAACAUUGCCAACCCAACGGCCAUGCUGCUCAGCGCUGCCAACAUGCUCAAGCACCUCAACCUGGAAUACCACUCCCACAUGGUGUCAGAUGCUGUCAAGAGGGUCAUCAAACAGGGCAAGGUACGGACACGAGACCUUGGCGGUUACUCUACCACUGGCGACUUUGUGCAUGCUGUUGUGGAAAACCUGCGUCACCGACCUGUUUACUAAGACGUUACGUCACAUCCCCUCAUUGACAUUUCCUUAAAUCUGGACAUUGUUCUUAACAUGAACUGGAUGCAUGUUAAGACUCAACUCUCCCUCACUGCCAUAUGACAGCAGGGCCACACAGUUGUGACAUCAGAUGCAUUCUAAUAUUUCUGGUUCAUUCUGGGUUUGCUGAUAGAUCCAGUGGAAUCAGCAGUGACAUGUUGUUCUUGGCUGAAUAAUGUAACACUUCUGAGGUUUCCUCUCAAAUAUUUCAAUCAUUCAGCCUGAUGUGCCGUUUCCAUUCUCCAUGGACACCAAUCUUCCGUUGUAGUUACAGUCCAUCCCUUUGCAUCUCUUUGCUUUUUUCACAUUUUACUUUGCUAAAACUGAUCAUCUCACUCAUGUUAGGAGAACCUUUUUUCCCCCCACCUCUUUUCACGUGCUUCUGCUUUUUGCUUAAUUAUCAGAAAGUUUCAGCAAAGUUAGCUGUCUGAACUGCCUCUUUGCUAUCAUACAUCAUUACAAAUUGUCUGUAGAGUAACCACUCUCUUAUCGACUAUCAGCUAAUGUCAUUUUGCCUCACAAUUCACUUUUUUUUUUUUUUUUUAAAUUUCUUCAAUUCUCAGACUGAAUCUAACUGUACCUCUUUCAACAGUAUAACACUGCCACAUUGUGACCCACUAAUAUCAUAACUGUUGUGAUCAACAAAUGUCCUAAUAUUUUAAUAAAACUCCAGCGUUGCAGUGCUGUAACCUCAUCCACAUUUACUGUAUAGUGUCAUAAUGCAGAAUCUGUGUUUCUUCUAUUGACUGUGGUACAACUUUCUGGUGCUAUACCAAAAUAACAUUUGUAAUAUUCUGACAGGUUCUUAAUGUCCACAGAAACCUCCCAGGGUAAUGUUCACAGUGUCCAGAAAACUAGUCCUGCACUGCUUACCAUCUGUAUUAGGUUGAGUUCUGAACUGACUUACUGUAGGGAACAAGUUAAAGUCAUCACAGUUGUCAAGGAUGUAAUGAUGAUGUAAGAUCUUGUAACACUGCUCUAUUUAUUACCACUCCAUCUAUCAUGUUUUUUUUUUUUUUUAAUUUUGUAUCAGUUUAAAGUUACAUCACAUGAGGUAACUUGUUGACCAAAAGUAAUAUAAACCAAAUAAAGUAAUAUAUCCUGUAUUAUUAUUCUUUUACCUUCUCACAAUCUGAAAGUUCUCUAUGGAGAAAGUUUACAGCCAUCAGUGUAAGCAGUGUCAUAUCUUCUUUUUUCUUGUGUCAGAUUUAGUCACUGACUUUUUCAAACUUGUAUGAGAGUAAUAUGAGUAGACACAUGAAGAAUGUGUUGACUCAUCCAUCAAUAAAAUAUCCCAAAAAAACAAG